UAAAGGCGCCCGUUGUGUUGUUUCCUCCUUCGAGUGAGCGGGUCAGGGGCGGAGUAGCAGUAGUGUACGGGUUUGCGCUUGCUUUAUUCGAGAGCGGAGUCCGCGUUUAACAGAGCUAAACAAUGGCAGACAAGCUGGAUAUGUCACUAGACGACAUCAUCAAACAGAAUAAGCAGCAGAGGGGUGGCGGAGGCGGCCGCGGUGGAAGAGGAGGCCGUGGACGGGGAGGCGCCGGCGGUGGCCGCGGUGGUGGCGCCGGGCGACUCGCAAGCGCGGGCGGCGGCUUUGCAGGCCGCGGUGGAGGAUCAGGCCCUAUGAGGAACCGACAGAGCUUGAGCCGCGGCAGAAGCAGACCCACGCCGUACAGCAGGCCCAAGCAGCUCCCUGACAAGUGGCAGCAUGACCUGUUCGACAAUGGCUACAAUGCCAGUGCAGGAGGUGGUGGAGCUGGCGUGGAAACCGGAGGAAAACUUCUAGUAUCCAAUCUCGACUUUGGAGUCUCAGAUGCAGAUAUUCAGGAACUUUUUGCAGAAUUUGGCACUUUGAAGAAAGCUGCAGUCCAUUAUGACCGGUCAGGACGCAGCCUUGGCACGGCAGAUGUCCACUUUGAGAGGAAAGCAGAUGCUCUGAAAGCCAUGAAACAGUACAAUGGUGUUCCACUUGAUGGUCGUCCAAUGAACAUACAACUCGUCACAUCACAGAUUGAUGCACAGAGGCGAACCCCAAUGCAGGGUCUGAAUCGUGGAGGUGGUGGAGGCAUGAGCAGAAACAGAGCAGGAGGCUUUGGAGGUGUACAGAGAGGCCGUGGAGGUCGCGGUGGAGGGCUCAGAGGCCGUGGCAGAGGAGGAGGAGGAAGAGGAAAUAACAAACAGCAGCUCUCAGCAGAAGAGCUGGAUGCCCAGCUAGAUGCAUACAAUGCCAGGAUGGAUACCAGCUAAAUGGCCCUGGCAAAAGCUGCAUUCAUCUCUUCUCAUGAGAUUGCGGUCAUUACAGCUUUGAACAUGGACGUUUUACACUUUAAUGUCAAGUGAUUUAAACUUGUGUAUCAGUCUUUCUCCUUUUAAAAUGCUCAGACAUGUUUUUUACCUACUUUUUUUUGUUGGUUUUUAAGUUCCUUUUUGGAAAAAAAACCUGGUCUGACUGUAGGAUUUGAUGGGGGGUGCUUGUCUUUACCUUCCCUUUGUAGAUCAUUGUAAUAAAACCUGCAGUACAUAGUAUCCAAGCAAUGCCUCUUUUUCUUUUGUAUAAGCAUAGAUUUAACAUCAGUGUACAGUUAAUGCACAGAUUUGUAAAGACAUGACUACUUGUAUACCAAAUGUAUUUGGGUGGGGUGGUUUGUGUUGCUCAAAGCAUUAUUUCAUAACUUAUGAUAAAGGUUUUGGUCACAAGGUGGUGUAGUUCAGAGAAAUGCUUUAGUUUAUUUUUUUGGAAAGCUUGUCACUUCCUGUAUGUCAAUCCAGUAUAUUUUUGUACAUAAACAUGAUUUUAUCAAGUC